CCUCUAACCGCGCACUCUGCUCUUUUUCCAGGUGGCCCGUCGGCUGCUGAGCCCUUUGGCGCGCGGAGAGCAAGAUAUGCGCCUCGCCCGCGGCCACUGACCAUGACCCUCCACACCAAAGCGUCCGGCAUGUCUCUGCUGCACCAGAUUCAAGGGAACGAGCUGGAGCCCUUGAAUCGCCCGCAGCUCAAGAUCCCCUUGGAGCGGCCCCUGGGUGAAAUGUACGUGGACAGCAGCAAGCCCACCGUGUACAACUACUCCGAGGGCGCCGCGUACGAUUUCAACGCCGCGGCCGCAGCCUCGGCUCCGGGUUACGGCCAGGCGGGCCUCGCUUUCGGCCCGGGGGCCGAGGCAGAGGCAUUCGGUGCCAGUGGCCUGGGUGGCUUCCCGCCGCUGGCCAGCGUGUCUCCGAACCCGCUGAUGCUGCUGCACCAGCCGCCACAGCUCUCGCCCUUCCUGCACCCGCACGGCCAGCAGGUGCCCUACUACCUCGAGAACGAGCAGGGCGCCUACGCGGUGCACGAGCCCGGGCCGCCCCCCUACUACAGGCCCAAUUCAGAUAACCGGCGCCAGGGUGGCAGAGAGAGAUUGGCUAGUACUGGUGACAAGGGAAACAUGACCAUGGAAUCUGCCAAGGAAACUCGCUACUGUGCAGUGUGCUGUGACUAUGCCUCAGGGUACCAUUAUGGAGUCUGGUCCUGUGAGGGCUGUAAGGCCUUCUUCAAGAGAAGUAUUCAAGGGCAUAACGACUACAUGUGUCCAGCCACAAAUCAGUGCACAAUUGAUAAAAACAGGAGGAAGAGCUGCCAGGCCUGCCGACUACGCAAGUGCUACGAAGUUGGAAUGAUGAAAGGUGGGAUUCGAAAAGACCGAAGAGGAGGGCGAAUGUUGAAGCACAAACGCCCGAGAGACGAUGGAGAAGGCAGGAACGAAGCAGCGCCCUCGGGAGCCAUGAGGGCAGCUAGUCUUUGGCCAAGUCCUCUCUUGAUUAAGCACACCAAGAAGAAUAGCCCAGCCUUGUCCCUGACAGCUGAACAGAUGGUCAGUGCCUUGUUGGAGGCUGAGCCUCCAAUGAUCUAUUCUGAGUAUGACCCAACCAGACCCUUUAGUGAGGCUUCUAUGAUGGGCUUGCUGACUAACCUGGCAGACAGAGAGCUGGUACACAUGAUCAACUGGGCCAAGAGAGUGCCAGGCUUUGUGGAUUUGACACUCCAUGAUCAAGUCCACCUGCUGGAAUGUGCCUGGCUAGAGAUUCUGAUGAUCGGCCUCAUCUGGCGCUCAAUGGAGCACCCAGGGAAGCUCCUGUUUGCUCCUAACUUGCUGCUGGACAGAAACCAGGGGAAAUGCGUGGAGGGCAUGGUGGAGAUCUUUGACAUGCUUCUGGCGACAUCAACUCGAUUCCGUAUGAUGAACGUCCAAGGAGAGGAGUUUGUGUGCCUCAAAUCCAUCAUUUUACUCAAUUCUGGGGUGUACACAUUUCUGACCAGCACUCUGAAGUCUCUGGACGAGAAGGACCAUAUCCACCGCGUGCUGGACAAGAUCACAGACACCCUGAUCCACCUGAUGGCCAAGGCAGGCCUCAGUCUUCAGCAGCAGCACCGACGCCUGGCCCAGCUCCUCCUCCUCCUCUCCCAUAUCAGGCAUAUGAGUAACAAAGGCAUGGAGCACCUCUACAGCAUGAAGUGCAAGAACGUGGUGCCCCUGUACGACUUGCUGCUGGAGAUGUUGGAUGCUCACAGGCUGCACGCCCCGACCACCCGAGCGGGGCCCUCCAUGGAGGACACCAACCAGAGUCAGCUCACCACCAUGGGCCCCACUUCAUCGCAUUCCUUGCCAGUGUAUUACAUGACUGGGGAGACAGACAGUUUGCCCACUACCAUGUGA